UGUUCAUCAUUGCCAAUCUAUCAAAUGAUUUCGCACGCAAAAGGUCUUCUCUUUUUCCCAAGCAGUGUUGUUUUCCUUGAGCAGCUCGAUUCUUACAAAGCGUUUGAAAUUCUUUCCGUGAUAUUUUGAAUGACGUUUAUUGUAGUUUUGGAUGAUCGUUACUUACAGAUAAGUUGAAGGAGCCAGGAGAUUUUUCUUUUGACCACGAACGGACAACUGAACUCCUUUAUACAUUUGAAGUUUUCUUUGUGUGCCAAUAAAUUCAUUCUUCGUUUAUAUUUCUAUCGCGUUUUUUUAUUCUUACCCUGUCGAUCAGUUCUUAUCUGGUCGAAUUCCCUUUUCAGCAGAGUCAAUCUACUGGUGUAAUCACAAGCACAACGAAGCAAACUAAAAAUGGCGCAAUAUGGUAAGGGAGACUACUGGGAUGAGCGGUAUACGCGCGAUCCUGAGCCAUUCGACUGGUACCAGAGAUGGUCAGGGGUGAGGGACAUCAUCACGCCACUAAUGAACCCGAAAAGCAGUGUGCUUGUUGUCGGCGCGGGAAACAGUAGGAUGAGCGAAGAAAUGUACUAACCUUUAUAUUAACUUACUCCUUACUUACCUAAGACUAGAAAUUCCUCGGAUCACGAAUUUACUAUUCAUAAUUCACGCAACAUCUUCUAGAGUCGUGAGCACAUUCAUCACGCCCAAACCGAGUAGGUAUAUGCAUUCUAAAACUGUCCCAGGUACGACGAGGGCUACCAAAAUAUAACAAAUAUCGACUCGUCAAACGUCGCGAUGAAGGCAAUGGCAGAGAAGUAUCGGGACAAGGCGGGUACUAUAAUUCUACUUCGUUCUCCACUCAGGUAGCUACAACUUGGCAAACCUCGUCAAUAUAAUUGACAGAUAUGAAGCGCAGAAUUGAAUUUGAAAUCAUGGCCAUCAUAAUUUUCUGCGCAUUGGAAAAAGAAGUUGAUAAUGAUAUUUUGGGAUCAACGAACAGAAGAUCAAAUUGUCGUUCAUCGUUGUCCUCCUCGACCUUGUAUAUACUACGAUUACUAACCCCUCACCUCCACCUCGUGCUCGACUUCUAGGUCUUUUGUACCAAAACAUGGAUUGCAAGGCCAUGGAAUUCGGAGACGGUCAGUUUAAUAUCGCGCUGGACAAGGGAACACUAGAUUCAAUUCUCUGCGGAGAAGCUAGCACGCUUAACGUAGCAAAAGCUCUCACCGAAAUUAGCAGAGUGCUCGAUUCAAAAGGUAUAACUUCAGAUUCAUUUGAUUGCUACUUCAUCUCAUUGAUAUAUUGGCUUUCCAUUUCCUGCGUCGUCAUUCUUCUCCUUUGAGAUCACUGUCCAUUUGUUUUUAAGCUCCUUGCUUCUCUUUUCACAACGACAAUCCAGGUGUCUUUGUCUCGGUUUCACACGGGCAACCAAACUAUCGACUGACCUAUCUGCAAAGACCUGAAUACGAUUGGGAGGUCGACGUGCAUACAGUCGAAAAACCAAGAAUGGGCAUGGGCGGUCAACAACUAGCAGUAGACGAAAAGGAGAACGUACAUAUAUGAUUUUGAUGUCGCAUAUCAAUGUUUUCAGAUCCUUGACGUUAAAUCGUCAAUCCUCAAGAUUACUGGUUUGAGGGAUGUAACAUUUUGUAAAUUCACCCCUCCCUAGCUCGAAGUCUUCUCAAUGUCAAUUUGUCAAAUAUUUCUAAAAAGCAUAAACAUAAGCAAAAUUUCUUGCCAUAUUAACUUAUUCAAGACAUUCAGGUCCAUUUCGUCUACGUGUGCAAGAAGGGCACAUCAGGCUAGACUCCAGCACUGAGAUCACAUGAUUCGAGACCCAAGAGAAUUUCCGAGGUGUGUGCCCUCCCCCCGCUCCUCCCAAUGUCAACCCCUUUCAUCCCAAAUAGUUACCUAAUAAUUCUGCUUAGCCUUUCUGUAAAAAGUUUUAGGACGCGCGAUCAUGCUUGUACAGAAAAGUCCUAGCACAACAUGUUGUGGGUAGUUGCAACAUCUGCAUGCUGCUUGAGUGAAUACUAGUUGUACACCACGACACACUAAGUAGAACUACGAGAAGUUGAAACUAUGCUAGAAGAUGUUGACAAAGUCGAGGAUGACAGAUCGCGCCAUGUCACGUAACUAGAAGAAUUGUUCUAUACUAGGUACAUCAGGAUGAAUUCUCACAGACCUUUCUUGUCGACGAUGUUUCAUAAAGCCGCUGUUCUGCGCGAGGUAAAACGCAGCUACCCGAAGCAGGCAAAUCAGAUGAAGAUUCUGAUAUGAUUUUUACCGGAGCACGAGAUCGAGCUUGGAAACCAAAGUGUUUUUCUUACCUGAUUGAGCAUACCAAGUUUCCUGUCAGAGCCAGAGUGGUGAUCUCUCGUGACUCAUGAAGCAACGUCCUGAAGAUGCUGUGACAGCACCAUGGAAGCGCUCCGAAAAGUACACGCAGCCACGACCACGAGUGUUCCAGUUUAUCACAGUUGCUUCACGGCAACCACUUAUUUACACGAAAGGGAACACGCAACCAAUGCCAAUGAAUCCAUCAUAAGAUUGAGAAACGCAGUCCUAAUGAGGUUAAAGGUUGUCAAAGAUCUUGACGCAGCACCAGUUUCAUUCAUUUUAUUCUUUGUCCAUGAGGAUGAGAUAUACUCGAGC